CAUUGGGUUGAUCGAGUCAUUCUCUCUCCUCCAGAAGCGACGUAGACGUAAUUCCCACCUUUCUCUCUCUCUAAAAUUCUCUCCUUUCUCUCUCUCUUUAUAUAUUUCUCAGGCACUGAUGCAUGACAGAUGACAUUUUACACACAUACACACUCUCUCUCUGCUCAGGGCCUCAGAUGAAAGCGUGAGCCGGGAAGGAAGAAGCUUCAGGCUUCUGGCUUCUGAGUUCUGAGUUCUGAUUGAUUAAGCUGACUGCUUGCAGUUUUGGUUUUUGAAUUUGGGAUCUGGUUUUGCUUGCGGGUUUUACUCUGUUUCGAUUUCUUCUUUGGUGAAUCCAUUUCUGGACUGAUCUUCUUCCGUAUGGAAGGUUCUGAAUAAUUGGAAGGAUUGCAUGUUGAACCACCUUUAGGAAGAUGGGUCGUUCAACAAAUGAGAGUGAAGAAAGUAUGGUUUUGAAGGUUCAGACUGAUUCACCAUCUAUUGAUGAAGGUAGCUGCGGGGGAAGCAUGAAUGGAGGGGUUGUUCUGAAGAAAGGGCCAUGGACAUCAGCUGAAGAUGCAAUUUUGGUUGAUUAUGUCAAGAAGCACGGUGAAGGUAAUUGGAAUGCUGUUCAGAAGCAUUCAGGGCUUUUUCGUUGUGGCAAAAGCUGUCGACUGCGAUGGGCAAAUCAUCUGAGACCGAACUUAAAGAAGGGUGCUUUCAGUCAGGAAGAAGAGAAGCUGAUAAUUGAACUCCAUGCCAAGAUGGGGAACAAAUGGGCUCGAAUGGCUGCACAUUUGCCUGGGCGUACAGAUAAUGAGAUAAAGAAUUAUUGGAAUACUCGAAUCAAGAGACGGCAACGGGCUGGUUUGCCACUUUACCCUCCAGAGCUGUGUCUCCAAGCACUGAAUGAAAGUCAGCAAAGUCAGAACUCCGGUGAAGUCAACAGUGGAGAAAAACGGCAUCAUGAUCUCUUGCAAGGGAACAGCUAUGAGAUUCCCGAUGUCAUAUUUGACAAUUUCAAGGCAAAUCAAGGGGCUUUAUCUUUUCCAUCAGCACUUCCAGACAUCUCCAUGAGUAGCAUGCUGACACAGGGUCCAGGUUCAUCCCCAAACUACAGCUUCAUGCCUCCAAUGAUGCAUCGCCCCAAGCGGCUCCGUGAAUCAGAGGCAUUGUUUCCGAGUUAUAAUGGUAGUAUCACCAAUGGGUUCCCAGAAUUUGAACAGUUUCAGGGUGAUAAUUGUCAGAAGAUUCAUCGGCCAUGUGGGAUGUCAUUUCCAUAUGAUCCUGACCCUAGUAGUAAGAAUCCCCAGCAUUUUGGUGGCCAUUCCCUUUUAAAUGGCAAUUUCUCUGCUUCUAAGCCCACUCCUGGGUCUAUGAAGUUGGAGCUCCCUUCACUCCAAUAUCAAGAAACUGACCUAGGUGGUUGGGGUACAUCUACUCUCCUGCCACCUUCGCUUGAGUCUGUUGAUACAUUUAUCCAAUCUCCCCCACCAACUGGGACAGUGCAGUCAGAUUGUCUUUCACCACGGAAUAGUGGCCUACUGGAAGCGUUACUUCAUGAGGCACAGAAUCUGAGCAGCGGAAAGAAUCAUUCAUUUGAGAAAAGCUCGAAUUCUUCUGUUGUUACACCCAGUGAUGUAGUGGAUAGCUCAAGCCUGAACCUGUGCGACACAGAAUGGGAAGAAUACAGCGACCCCAUCUCUCCAUUGGGUCGUUCAGCCGCCUCAGUUUUCAGUGAGUGCACUCCUAUCAGUGGAAGCUCUUUGGAUGAGACCACUCCCAGUGACAUCAUACCUGGAUCCAGGAUUAAGCCAGAAACAAUUGAAAAUGUUUCAACCCCAGAUGGAGAAAAGGAAAUCUCAAAUCGGUCAAACCUUUCUAGGCCGGACGCUUUGCUAGGUACCGAUUGGUUUGAGCAGAGUACUGAGAAUGGGAACCAAUCAGUCGUUAAUGAUGCUAUAGCAACACUUCUUGGUGAAGAUUUCUGCAAUGAUUACAAGCAAGUGCCUGCUCGCUCUUCUACAUUACCUCAAGGUCAAGGAUGGAGCUUAGGCUCUUGUGCGUGGAAUAACAUGCCUGGGGUUUGUCAUAUGUCUGAACUCCCUUGAAACUCUACUACCUGAUUUAUGUUGAGAACUCAUUUUCUGUGGUCAAUCUAAAUCUGGUUUGUUUCUCAUAUGAAAAGUCAGGUUGAAAUUGUGAUACAUGUAGAAGUCAUGGUUUUUCCUUUGUGGCUUUUGGUUUCUUACCAUUAAAAAGAAAAAUCUGACAAUGCAAAUCAAGAUGAGUCGUCCUUUAGGAACAGAGAUACAGAAGACUACUUUUGUUAUAAACUUGGAAUAAAAUGAACCAUGUGGAACAUUUCCAUU